AUGGAAGGCUCCAACUCAAAUACACGGACGCCCUCGGGGUCUCUAACUCGCCCACCUUCUCCCCAGCCUGCAUCUCCCCCUCCUUCUCUGCCUUCCCAGCCACCCUCCGAAACGCCUGACCAGAGCUCUCUCGAGACGCCCCAUGGAACGCCCCAUGGAACGCCCCAUGGAACGCCCCACGGAACACCCCACGGAACACCCCGUGAAUCACCUCUCGAGACGCCUCUCGAGAUGACUCUCGAGACACAUUUCAAGACGCCUCUCGAGACGCAUUUCGAGACGCCUCACGGAACGCCCUGUGAAUCACCUCUCGAGACGCCUCUUGAGACGCGUUUCGAGACACCUCACGGAACGCCCCGUGAAUCACCUCUCGAG